UAACUGUUUCAGGACAGAAGAAAACCAUGUUGAGAGAAGCACUGUGUAUUCUGGUCGUCUGUCUGGCUGUAGUCAUACCGGAAGUAGCCGGUGAUAGGUGCAAGCGCUACUCGGUAAACGGAUGCAGUAUCCCCGGUAAUCUCCCCUUUUUCUACAAGGAUCUAUUCACGGGCGCUUGUAACAGACACGAUGUUUGUUACAAUUGUGGCAGGUAUAGAGGUGUGAGUCGGCACACCUGCGAUCAUGACUUCCUCUACAAGAUGAAGAAACAGUGUCGUUGGUACCACAUCUACUGUACAACGAUUGCUAACAUGUAUUUCCUAGCCGUCAGGGCCGGAGGGUCGAAGCGAUACAAGCAGACGUCGCCAUGGUGGUGCGGCGAGAGCUGGGUUUCCGGUUGCAUGAAAUAGGUCAAUCAUUCGGAAGCAUGCCCGUGCAAAUGCCGAGAUAACUCCCAGUUUUGUUUCCUGCGGAGAAUAAACUGAGUAACAUAA